AUGUCGUCCCCCACGAAACAAUGCCCCAAUGGCUCGCCCCACCUGCGCCGUGUCAAGCUGGCACUGGCUUGUGUCUCCAUUGCCGCAAAUACUCUAUGCGCUGGAGGGAUAAUCUGCUUCCCGCUCAUAGCCCCCACACUCGUCACCCAACUCAAACUGACACAACCACAGCUGACCACGUUUUAUGCAUACAGCGGAAUGGCGGGUCAGUACCUGUUCGCGGCAUUCGCUGGCAAGGCCAUCGACUAUUAUGGCCCGUGGAUAUGUUCCCUCGCCUCUGCUGUCCUGUUCUCGACUGUGAUUCAUCGUACCGCAGACUCGCCUUCUAUUUCCUUAUCUGCGCCGCAGGUACCGUAUGCUCGUGGAUUCUUAUCGGCCGUGGUUACUGCCUCCAAGAAUUUCCCUCACUAUAUCGGAUUGGCUACUGGGACGAGUGCCGCUCUAUUUGGACUAUCGCCCACGUUUCUGUCUAUCCUCGCCACCCGUUAUUUCUCUCGUCCUGAUACCGGCCUCGACGUCACUCAGUUCUUGCGAUUUCUCGCACUCCUUUCCGGAUUCGUCCACCUAGUCGGCGCGUUUACAAUGCAUGUUCAACCUCCAGUGGAAGAAUGUCUAUCAAAACCGUUCGAUACCGAUACCGAGGAUCCAGCCGAAUUGGCAGACGAGUGCACUUCGUUGCUACCCAAGACGAGCUCCGCCGCAUCAUUCGAUGUAACGCCUGCUACGGAUGAAGACCUCCGAUCACAGUCUGCCCUUGAUAUGCUCAAGGAUUUCAACUUUUGGAUACUCGCCUUCAUAGUAUUUGUCAUCCUUGGUUCGUGUGAGAUGGUCAUUUCCAACAUCGGCACAAUAGUGCUCUCCUUGCCUUCACGAUACUUUCCGACAACAGCCCUCGAUGGCAUACCCUCUGGCGACCUUGCCACCUCUACGCAAGUCAGAUCUAUAUCCAUCGCGAAUACGGUUUCUCGUUUUGUCGUAGGACCUCUUGCAGACUUCGUUUCUCCUGUCCCAUCGCAUCCGCAACCCAGCUCGCGAGGUACACUCAGGAAGCACUUCGUUAGCCGUCUCGUAUUCCUUGCCUUCUCGUCGUCCGUCCUCGUAUGUACAUGCUUGUGGACGGUCGUCGGUAUCCGUUCCCAAGCUGCCCUGUGGGCACUGAGUAUCGGAGCAGGCAUCGCAUAUGGUUGCGCCUUCACCAUUCUACCCUCUCUGGUCUCUUCCAUAUGGGGUAUCCACAAUCUCGGACGCAACUACGGCAUCCUCAUUUACGCUCCCUUCCUCGGUACAUCUGUCUUCUCUUACCUGUAUGCGUUCGUCGCUGUGGAACAUACCCCGGCCGACGGGGGCGUGUGCAUGGGCGUACGGUGUUGGCACGCAACGUUUGAGGUGAGUGGGGUUGCUGCGGCGCUCGCGUUCGUUGCGACGUUGUGGUUGUGGAAAACUUGGAGGGGGAAGGUGUAAUGAUGCGUGCGCGUGGGUAUACUCGCUCGUUGGCUGGGGAAUAUAUGUUCUCUUUCGGACCAUACCUGUGAAGUACAGUGAAAUUUUACUCGGCUGGAUCGAACCUGGGGCUGGAAUAGCUUGAGUGUCGUGGCGACCCGUGACAUCUUUCC